AUGACGACCGAGGGCGCCGAGGCCGUCCGGCAGCUGCUGCGGAAGGACAUGCAGCGCGAGCAUGCGCUCCACGCCGACCUGCUACAGUACAUUGGUCUGCGCGAAGAAGACUUGUCCUCGGCGAGCCAGAAGCACAUCCGCCUCAUGGCACAAGCAGCGAGUGUGCUCGAGCUCAAUACGACCGACGCCAGCGCGUAUGUGGCUGCCAUCUCGGACCUGCGCGAAAAGUACGACGGGCUCCGUGCGUCCGUGAGCACGUGGCAACGCCAUGAAGCAAAGCAGCUCAAGCGCAAGCAAGAGCUGCACGACGAGCUGCGCGAGAUGGAGCACAUGCUUGCGAUGCUGGACGCGGCGUCCAAGGAGCGCGAUGCAAUCGAGAAUGUGGCGACGAUGGACAGUCGCCUCAAGGAGUAUGCAGGAAAGCACGCUGUGUAUUCAAAGGAGAUUGCCAAGCUCGACAAGAUCCUCGCCGACCGCGGCUACUUUGACGUAGCAUCGUACGCCCGCGCCAACGAGAUUGCACGAAAGCUUAAUGCUGAACAUGCGCGUAGGUCCUUGCAGCACCACGUGCUCGUUGGCCUCGAGCAACAGUGUGCGCAACUCGAAGCUGACAACAAGAAGGUUCGCGCCAAGGUCGAUCGCUUCCAGGGCCUGCCACCCAACCUCGAGCUGGCCAACGCCACGCUGUACAAAGCCCAGGAGCGAUUACAGCAGCUUGAAGCAGAAUUUCAGUCGCGUGUGCACAGUAUGGUCUAA